CGAGUGUCUCGAGCCGGGGCCGCGGGAGGGAGCCGAGCGUGAGGGAGAAGCGGGCGGGGAGGAGCCGAGUUUCAGUCUGGCUGGUGUCGCGGCCCCCUCGCUCCCCCUCCGUGGCUGACAGGCGGCAGCCGGAGCCCCCCGGGCGGGCAGCAGAUAUAAUCUCGAACACCAUGAGUACGUGACUUCAGAAAUGGACAACUGGAUCUAUUAUAAAUUGUGAUUGGCCUUAAGCUGACUUGCAACCAUAGAAAAACCUCACAGUAUCUCUCUCUCAUUCCUGCUUGACACCUAUAUAGUCACCUCGCGCCACCAGUUCAAUCAUGUAUGGAAGUGCUCGGUCAGUUGGUAAAGUUGAACCAAGCAGUCAGAGUCCUGGGCGUUCACCAAGGUUGCCAAGAUCACCGCGCUUGGGUCAUCGUCGAACCAACAGCACAGGUGGGAGCUCUGGAAGCAAUGCUGGGGGUGGGAGUGGGAAAACACUUUCCAUGGAAAAUAUUCAAUCCUUAAAUGCUGCCUAUGCCACAUCUGGCCCUAUGUAUCUAAGUGACCAUGAGAAUGUGGGUGCCGACACCCCUAAAAGCACCAUGACUCUUGGCCGAUCCGGGGGGCGGCUGCCUUAUGGUGUUAGGAUGACUGCUAUGGGUAGCAGCCCCAAUAUUGCCAGUAGUGGGGUUGCCAGUGAUACUAUUGCAUUUGGAGACCACCACCUCCCUCCAGUGAGCAUGGCAUCCACUGUGCCUCACUCACUGCGCCAGGCCAGGGAUAACACUAUAAUGGAUCUGCAGACACAGCUCAAAGAGGUGCUACGAGAAAAUGAUUUGUUACGCAAGGAUGUGGAGGUGAAAGAAAGCAAGCUGAGCUCCUCCAUGAACAGCAUCAAGACCUUCUGGAGUCCUGAGCUAAAGAAGGAGAGAGCCUUAAGAAAAGAUGAAGCUUCAAAAAUCACCAUUUGGAAGGAGCAGUAUAGAGUGGUACAGGAAGAAAACCAGCACAUGCAGAUGACGAUCCAGGCUCUCCAGGAUGAGCUUCGGAUCCAGCGGGACCUGAACCAGCUAUUCCAGCAGGACAGCAGCAGUAGAGCCAGUGAACCAUUUGUGGCAGAGCUGACAGAGGAGAACUUCCAACGACUUCAUGCAGAGCAUGAGCGCCAAGCCAAGGAACUUUUCCUGCUGCGCAAAACCUUAGAAGAGAUGGAACUGCGCAUUGAGACUCAGAAGCAGACCUUAAAUGCCCGUGAUGAGUCCAUCAAAAAGCUGCUGGAGAUGUUGCAGAGUAAAGGACUGUCUUCAAAAGCCACAGAGGAGGAUCAUGAGCGGACAAGACGGUUGGCUGAAGCAGAGAUGCAUGUCCACCACCUGGAGAGCCUGCUGGAACAGAAGGAGAAGGAAAACAAUAUGCUGAGAGAGGAGAUGCAUCGUCGGUUUGAAAAUGCCCCUGACUCAGCCAAGACAAAAGCUCUACAAACUGUUAUUGAGAUGAAGGACUCAAAAAUCUCCUCCAUGGAACGUGGCCUCCGUGACUUGGAAGAGGAGAUUCAGAUGCUGAAGUCAAAUGGAGCUCUAAGCACAGAAGAGCGUGAGGAGGAAAUGAAGCAAAUGGAGGUGUACCGUAGUCAUUCCAAAUUCAUGAAAAACAAGGUAGAGCAACUGAAGGAAGAACUAAGUGCCAAAGAGGUUCAAGGGGAGGAGCUGAAAAAAAGAGUGGCUGGUCUCCAGGCUGAGAUUGGUCAGGUGAAACAGGAGCUGUCACGCAAAGACACUGAGCUGCUGGCCUUGCAGACAAAACUGGAGACCCUCACAAACCAGUUCUCUGACAGCAAGCAGCAUAUCGAGGUGCUGAAAGAAUCCCUUACAGCUAAAGAACAGAGAGCUGCCAUCCUGCAGACAGAGGUGGAUGCACUACGAUUACGUCUGGAGGAAAAAGAGACAAUGCUGAAUAAGAAGACAAAGCAGAUCCAGGAGAUAGCAGAGGAGAAAGGGACUCAAGCAGGAGAGAUACAUGACCUCAAGGACAUGCUGGAUGUGAAAGAACGCAAGGUCAACGUUCUUCAGAAGAAGAUUGAAAAUCUCCAGGAACAGUUAAGAGACAAGGAAAAACAGAUGAGCAGUUUGAAGGAUCGAGUAAAAUCCCUGCAGGCUGACACCACCAACACUGACACUGCCUUGACCACACUGGAAGAAGCACUUGCAGAGAAAGAGCGGACUAUUGAGCGCCUGAAGGAGCAACGGGACAGGGACGAGCGAGAAAAACAAGAGGAGACUGACAACUACAAAAAAGAUCUUAAGGACCUGAAGGAAAAAGUCAGCCUCUUGCAAGGAGAUCUCUCCGAGAAAGAGGCUUCCCUGUUGGAUCUGAAGGAACAUGCUUCAUCUCUGGCUUCUUCAGGACUGAAGAAGGACUCCAGGCUCAAGACGCUAGAAAUUGCAUUGGAGCAGAAGAAGGAAGAGUGUCUGAAAAUGGAAACUCAGCUGAAGAAGCAUCCUGAAGUUUUAUUGACUCAUCCAUCCAAGCCAGCUCAUGAAGCUACACUGGAGGCCAAGGCCAGCCCAGAGCUGAAUGACCGAUUCCAGCAGCUGGAGCGAGAGGUGGCACUGUACCAGGAAGAAACCAGUAAGGCUCAAGCUGAAGUGGAUCGUCUUCUGGAAAUCCUGAAGGAGAUGGAAAAUGAGAAGAAUGAUAAAGAUAAAAAGAUAGCAGAACUUGAGAGCCUCACCUCAAGGCAAGUCAAAGACCAAAAUAAGAAGGUAGCAAACCUGAAGCACAAAGAGCAAGUGGAAAAAAAGAAGAGUGCACAGAUGCUAGAAGAGGCCAGACGGAGGGAGGACAAUCUCAAUGACAGUUCCCAACAGCUUCAGGAUAACCUGCGUAAAAAGGAUGAUCGGAUUGAAGAAUUGGAAGAGGCGCUGAGAGAGAGUGUGCAGAUAACUGCAGAGCGGGAAAUGGUGCUAGCACAAGAGGAAUCAGCCAGGACUAAUGCUGAGAAACAGGUAGAGGAGCUGAUGAUGGCCAUGGAGAAAGUGAAGCAAGAACUGGAGUCCAUGAAAGCAAAGCUGUCCUCUACCCAGCAGUCUUUAGCUGAGAAGGAGACCCAUUUAACCAACCUACGAGCAGAGAGGAGGAAACAUUUGGAGGAGGUUCUGGAGAUGAAACAAGAAGCUCUUCUAGCUGCCAUCAGUGAAAAAGAUGCCAAUAUUGCUCUGCUAGAACUUUCAUCCUCUAAGAAGAAGACCCAAGAUGAAGUGGCUGCACUGAAGCGAGAGAAGGACCGCCUGGUGCAACAGCUCAAGCAGCAGACUCAGAAUCGCAUGAAGUUGAUGGCAGAUAACUAUGAGGAUGACCACCUCAAAUCCUCAUCCCAUUCCAACCAAACCAACCACAAACCCUCUCCAGACCAGAUAAUUCAGCCCCUUUUAGAACUUGACCAGAAUCGCAGCAAAUUGAAGUUGUACAUUGGACACCUGACAGCCCUCUGCCAUGACCGUGACCCCCUGAUUUUGCGUGGACUCACCCCACCUGCUUCCUACCACCUGGAUGAUGACCGAGCAGCUUGGGAGAAAGAGCUGCAGAAGAUGACCCAGGAACAGCUUCAUGGUGAGUUAGAAAAGGGUGAGAAGGACAGCGCUGAGCUGCAGGAGUUUGCCAAUGCCAUCCUACAGCAGAUAGCAGAUCACUGUCCUGACAUUCUGGAGCAAGUCGUCAACGCACUUGAGGAGUCGUCAUGAUCUCAGCUGCUAGCCUGAAUAGAACAGAACACCUAGUGACCAAGCCCAGUCAGUCCAAGAAGUCAUGAAAAUGGAGAGAAUUGUGAAAGAAGGACAAGGGAACAGGAAAUUUUGGUGCACCUUUUACAAAGAAAGAAAGGAAAACUUUAUAAAUUACAUGCUAUCUUGGUUCUUCCAGUCUAUGGUGACUGAAUCGUGUCUGCAUUCAUCCUCUCACUGCCUUUCUACUUUGGUAUCUGCCUCCCAGCUAACUUUCUCUUGUUGAGGCUUUUGGAUACAUCUGAGCAGAGACUUGCUGAAUCCAGUGAGCGCAGAAGAGGGCUUUUGGACAUGAGUGGCUAUGAUUUUUCCUUGAGGUAGUGAAUGGGGGAGCACUUGUCUUUUGUUGCUGUUUUUUUCCCCAUACAAACUGAAAGCCUGAAUUUCUUAAUACUAAAACUGAGAACAGUGAUAAAGGCCAAGAGCUGAUCACAUCAGCUAUCUCAGGAUUUGCUGUCUGUCUCUAAAUUAGUGAUUUCUUAUGAAAAGGGGAAAGUCUCCUUAUGUGGUCCCACUGGUCACUUCCAUGCAGUAACUGUGGGACAAGAUAGGCAUAUGGGUGAUUUCUGAUUGGUGAUUUCUGUUUAUUUAGCCUCACUUUUGUUGUUCAUUGGCUCUGAAGUACUGAGAAUGGCUUUUUUUCAGAAGAAUGUUUUCUUUAGUUGGCUUUCUUGGUCUGUCCUAGUUAUUUUGCAUCAUAGUGUAUCUCAUCUGUAUCUUGUAAAUUCUUGUUUACAGAGAGCUUCCUUCCUUCAAACAGGCUCUGGGCAGCAGGGCAGCUCCUGGACUUGAUUUUUCUCGCUUACUAUUGAUAAUUUUUCAGGCAGUGGCUUCUGUGAAUUCUAAUUGCCAGGAGAGGAGUCCUACACAUUGUCUACUUGAGAAAGUUGCAACAGUUGACUAAAAGUGUGAUUUUUUUAAAAACCAAUUUAGGUAAACUGGUAGAAGAGGCUAUCUGAUCACACUUACUUCAAUUUAAAUCAGGUUAUUUUGGUUUAUCUUAAGAAUCGAUUGAAGCUAAACUAAAAUAAGCCCUUCUUAAAUCAAAAUAAGAGUAUCUGCACCAGUGGUUCUCAAACUUCUGUACUGGUGACCCCUUUCACAUAGCAAGCCUUUGAAUGCGACCCCCCCCUUAUAAAUUAAAAACAAUUUUUAAUAUAUUUAACACCGUUAUAAAUGCUGGAGGCAAAGCAGGGUUUCGAGUGGAGGCUGACAGCUCAUGACCCCCCAUGUAAUAACCUCGCAACCCCCUGAGGGGUCCCGACCCCCAGUUUGAGAACCCCGAUCUACACUAUGCUUUCCAGUGGUUUAAGUAAUUUGGUUUAAAAUCAUACCAUCAGUUAAACCAGUACAACUUUUGAAUGUAGAUGAGGCCUUAGUCAUAGGCCCAUCCACCCCUUACCCUUACUAAAUCCCCUGCUGAUAAGUGAUGUGAUCUCACAUAGCUGAUCUGUUUGUCCUUCUAUUAGCAAAUCAGAAUCUGCAUCAUGGCUAGGAUUCUGAAUGUUCUUUCAUGCACUUUGCACUAACGUUGAAGACAUGGUUUUGUUGCAAGUUUUCAGUGAGCCUCUGUGAAUAUUCAAAGGACAGAACUUUUUGGCAUCACCCUACAUGCCCCUUAAAAGAAUUAUCCCCUUUUGAAUUUUUGGUGCUCUCGUAUUCCAGGUUAAGAAAACAGAGUUUUGUUACAUUAAAAAAGAGGGUGGGAAGAUUUGGAAGCCAGUAUCAUAGUGGAGAGAUUGCUGGCUCUUCAGUUGCUUUCCCAGCAGGUCUGCAUCAGUAGUCAAUGUCUUUACUCCUGGUGUGUCGGCUCUAGCUCUGACUGAUCUUUCAAAGUCUAGAAAUAUCUGAUAUUAAAUGUCCGUAAUCCAAGCCUUUAGGGCAGUCUCCCAAUAGACCCCUUUCACCAUUUGGAGCCUGCAAUGUAAUUUCCUCUCCCCCUCAUUAAAUUCUGAAUCCACAUCACAGAGCCCUUUCACUACCCAAAAUGCUGUAGUCCCAGUCAGUUAACCCCAUUUCCUUGUCUUUCAAGUCUGCAGAUCAGUUUCCUUCACCCCUUUUUCCAUUUUUGGGUUGACUGACCCCUCUGGAUAUGAAGAUGAUUUGCAAAGACUUGAGAGUCAACACUCAUCCUGCGCUUAUCUGAAAAUAGCACUGAAAGUCAAGGCAAGAAAAGGCUUUUCACUGGCAUUCCCAUAAAAUAUAAUGAAUAGUUUUAAAGUAAACCAUGUCUAAGCUCAUUCUACCUUUCUCAUUAUGAAAGGACAUAGUGGGUUAUCCAUUGCCAACAGCAAACCACUUAAAGGAAUUCAAGCUUCUCCUCUUAUUGGUAUAAAAGGGAACGUCUUAGGGGGAACUGGAUCAGUAAUAGUGUCCCUUCCUGAGUUUCCUAUGAUGUUCACAUUUAUUUGUUUUGAGCCUUUGUUGCUUUGCAAAUCAAGAAAUACAGCUUUAGUUCUCACUGCCGUAAUAGGCAGUGUCUGACGCUUUUUUGUCAUUGAGUGGGAAAGGAGUGGGAACCUGACUGGUUGCAAGGGUGAAACAGCAUGUACCGGAAGACAUAUAGACAGUGACUGUACAUACCACUGAGCCAUGCCUCAUACCAGAGCCGCUCCCUUGGCCUUAUUAUUUGAGUCAGCACGUUUUGAUAGAAACUGUUUUGAAAUCUUUCCUCUUGCUUUCUCUUCAUCACCCAUAAUUACUCACUUUAGGAAUUUAAUGCUGCCUAUAAAACCAUCACAGCCAUCGUUGUAGCAUCUUCCCACCACCACUGCUUCCUGACUGUCCCAUUAGCUUAUAUGGUCAAAUCUCCAGCUGUCCUUGUUCCCUGCUGUAAAAUAAUCCUCUUUCUGUGAGAAGCUGUGGAAUUUUCCUUAUCGAUGGUUCAAAUGACUCCUACUCGUAAACCUUUUACUGAGAUGCUCCUUGAUAGUGUUUCUGUGGAGGGGAGGGGAGUGAAUAGUGGUCAUUUGUGGCUAUUACUUCAGUUCCCUUUGUUUAUUGCACUGCCCAUAAAUCACAAGAAACCCCUGAUUUUCCAUGCUGGGACUUCUAGGGUCUUUAACACAGCUGCCACCAUGUGGCUGCACUUCUGUACAACUGGAACUGCCUCAACAAAAGCAUGUCAAUCUCAUGACAGUGGGUGCAAGGUUUGUGCAGUGAAAGCCACGUAAAUCCUACUGUUUGCACUCUACACUGCUUCCAGCAUGUUCUUUGGACGGAUUUGUCAAGCAGGGAUAAUUCUCACACUGGCCAUUGGGUUUUUAUCUUCAAGUAACACAUCUGCUGUUUUUCUCCAUCUGAAAUAUUGUGCCUUGCUGCAUUUCCUUCCAUUACCUACUGUAGUCUUGUUGGGCUCCUAGCCCUGCCACUGUGAACCUUGAUCUAAGCCCUCAGUAAAGUGAGUGAGCCAGAUCUUAUCUGGGAACAGACUUGAUCUGACUUGAUCUCUAGUGAACUGUUACAGAUAAUCUCCUUUAUCCUGCUUAGAUAGAGAUCAUAUCAUGCUGAAUAGCCCUUGGAGCUGUUUGAUUCAGGGAGAGAUGGCUGGCCAUUAAUUAAUACUGAACAUGACCCAUCUCAACAUUUUUUCUUUAUGGAGUGCCAUGUCAUUAGCCUUAGGGUAACUCAUGGAUUUAGGUGACGUAGGAUCCAUCAUGAGAUGGCAUAUCAUUCAUGCACAUGGUGGCGGGAGGGGAAGGGUGUCCGGGGGGGGGGGGUAUCCCCACAUGCAUGUGUGCAGUCACCCUGUUGCCCAAUCUAUCACAGCUCUUUUAAACUUGUAUUUCCCCAUCUCAAUUGCCAGGGAGACCUAGCCAGUAUCCAGGAAAUACAGCUCUACAAUGCAGUAUAGUAUUCCUGGCAAAUCCAUUUGCCCUUUCUGUUUUCCUGCCCCAGAGUCCAGUUUCCAAGGAAAACCUUACAAAAAGAGUCUGUGGAAUCUUGCUUAUUCUUGUCACAUUCAUGGAGUUCCGCUUGCUAUAAAAUUAUGAUGGGGUUUUAUUGGUUUAAUAAUUUUUUCUUUCAAGCUAUUAAAGUGCUUAUUUGCAGAGAAGCUGAGAGGUUUAAGAACUGGAGAAACUCUCCAUAAUAGAUUAAACAGGAUAUGUUAUCAGGGUUUGAGUGUAGAUACAAGUGGAGCUCCUCAAGCCCCACUUAGUCACGAUCCCCAAGAAUCCAAGAUCAUUUCCUUUGCACCAAAUGUGGUUUAAAAACACUAAUGAAACGGACACUGCAACACUAGAACGGCAAAAAUAGUGACACUAUUCGUGAUUGGAGGAAGAAUUGAUGAGCUGCAUGCCAGGUGAAACUCUAGACUUGUGGUAUUGUCUCUUAUGUGGACUACCUUUGGCCAGAUCUCCCCCUAAGAAAUGCCAAACCCUCUUUGCAAAAUCCAAACUUCAGGUAAUCUCAGGGGGUGGGGAUGAAGGUUGUGAGAUACAAGAAUCUUUAUGUGCCGUUUUCAGGUGUACUUCUGGACUAAUACCUCCUCUAGCAAUUUUGUGAUACUUUGUGUCUCCUGUUAUUUUGUACCAGGGAAGAAUGGAGACCUCUUUUCAGAGGAGUGCUAAUGUCAGAGACCCAUCUCUGGCCUCACACACCCUCUUUUCUAAACCCAGUGGUAUCUGUUUUUCCUCACCCUUAUAGCUCCCACCCAUAGCUGCUGCUAAUGUUUGUGUUAGGAAAUUCUCACAUCUGAUAAAGGGUAAAAUGGAGCAGCCCCCACGCAUCCCAUUGUCACUCACUGCCAUGAAGGUUUCCUUACAAAGGGUGGUGGGAUAAAGAAACCUCUAUUGAUUCCAAUAUAAAGCAAAAGUUCUACUACAUCACCAGUGUACAUACUCCACAAGGACUUCAAUGAACUAAAAAGGAAAGUAGUACAAUCGUCUGGGAUUAAAAGAAGCCCCCACUCAACUGAGCAUCUGCACUGACCCAGACAGCGGAAACAGAAGGCUCUGGAUAAAUAACACUGCCCCAGUGAAGCUAGUGGAGUGGGAGGGUCAGGCAAAGAGCAUUUUUGGACUGUGCUGAACUGACAAGAUAAACUCUUCUCUGCCAAUCUCAUGGUCAUGGCAGAGAAUGUGUGUCAGGUUUUUUAAACAAAAUAAUGUUUUUAAUGGGGUUUUUUUCCAUGUAAGAAGAGGGAACCCUAUGCUACAACAGAUCCUUCUGAACUAAAUGGCUGUGUCUGCAAUUUUUUAAAAAAAGAAAACGGUUUCAAAACUUUUUAGUGUCAAAUGCAUAAACACAAGAAUGCUGACUUUUUCCAGUGUGUGUGGCGAGUGCUGUAACCUUAUCAUCGGCAUUUCCCCUGACUUUUUCAGGGUAUUUUUUCCUGUUUUGUUUUCUGCUUGUCAAUAUUGUCUGUGUGGUCCUAUGGUUUGGACAGUUACCAACAGUGCGUGUCUGUUGUCAGAUUAAAAAAAAAAAGUGAUAGAAGUAGAACUGAAAAAGAUGUGUUUUUAAAAAUAUAAUAAUAAAUGUAAAUAAAAGGAAUUCAAGUUAUGACACAGCAAAGCUCUGACUCCUCCUCCUGGGUUUGUAAGGAAAACGAUUUGUGUGGGCUCAUGAUUAUAAUCAAUUGCCUUUAACAGGCUAGUGACAUCAAAACUAGUUUGGUCUCUUAGGAAAUCACCCCAUACUGUAUGUUCCCUCUCCCCCAGUUUUACACUGUACAUACUAACCACAGAGUAUAGAAAUGGGAGGGGAAAAUAGUGUUUUAGAAACUAGUCUUUACUAGUAAAGUUAUCACCCAUUGAUACAAAUGGAUUGGAUGCUUUGGGGCAAAUUUUCAGACAUUGGCACUUGAACUGUACCUAUAAAUUAUGUGGGCAUGUGCAAAUGCAUAUUGGCUUCUACAGUUACCAGUUCACAUAAUGCAAUGCUUAUAUUGCAGGUGCCUGUUUUUAAAACUGUAUCCAGCAUCUUUUGUGCAGCGUUAAAGGGCUUCCAGCCUUUUUCUGCUCCAGUUGUUUCAAAGAUUGGACUAUAUAAAAAGACUCUGUCAACUUCAAACUGCAUAUUGGUAAACAGACACAUUUCUGUAUUCGUGUUGUUAGUGACACCUUAAGUUAUUUUAAAUGAAUGUAUUUUUUACAAUUCUAUUUUUCACUAUGCUGUUUGUUUACUUUUUGCACUUUUUCUAGUUUGGACAUUGAAAACUAAGGCAAUCAGUUUCACUUUCAUGUCCUGCAGUGUUUGGGUUUAUUUGUUCAAAACCAACUGUUUCCAUUAAAAAUAAAAAUCAGGGAACCAUUUCUGUUAAUAGGCUCUAGUCUUAGACUUUGUAAAAGCUUAACUCUAUAAAUCUAAAUUUCAAGCCAAACACUGACCCUUUACUCUACUUUUGUCCAUUCACCCAGCUCUCAAUGGUUCCGAUCAGGUCUCAAUUUUAGUGAAGUGUAUGUAAUAACACUUUUGCUUUUAUCUAGUAACCUCAGUAUUUGGGAAGAGCAUUAAUUUCCGUUUGGCCUGUACCUGUGCCAGACUUGCAGAACUUAAGUUUUGAGUUCAGUAAUUGUCUCUCUUAAUAUUUACUGAUGUAUUUGUUACAGUAAUUCCUGGGGCUGCUAUACUGAUAAAGUGCUUAUGGAUUUCUGAAGGAGAAUAACUCAGAUGGGACCACAGCCAGGGGAACCAUUUCUGUGCUGAUCUAACAUGCUGCUCCAAGGCCACUAAAACAGUAUUAGUGUUUCUCUCUGAUUGAUUAAAUGAUGGAUAGCACACCAGAUUCUGCUUUACCAAAUUGUUCCUGGGAGUAGCCCAGUGGAUUGUCAUAAGGAAUAAAAUUUGUGGGACACCCACUCUAUAGCCAGGGAUCCCUUAUUUGCUUUGGAAGAGACAUGUUGCACUUUAGUGGAGGAGGAGGUUGGCUUUGGAUAUAGAGUCUGGCAUACUUGAGUUCCUUUUGGAAAAGCAGCAGCAGGAGACAUUGAUGUCUGUGAUGCAAGUGUGCACGCUGCCUUCAACUUGUAUGUGUUUUAUUGCUGGAGUCAUGUUGCUGACAGGAUAAUGAAAUUGCAAAGAAAAUUGUGUUAUAUUCAACUUUGCCUUGAUAAUAUAAACACUUUUUGUUCAUUUUUUCUUUUUUUUAUUCACAAACUAAAUUCAUCGAGAAAUUAUAAAAUUAUUUAAAAACUC